AGGAAACUGGGGAUUUACCGUCGCUGCUGGCUGGUGUUUAAGAAGUCGUCCAGUAAAGGACCACGCAGACUGGAGAAGUACACUGAUGAGAAGUCCGCUUACAUCAGAGUCUGUCCUAAGGUGACCGAGAUCAGCAAUGUGAAGAAUGUCACAAGGCUCCCAAGGGACACCAAGCGCCAGGCGGUAGCCAUCGUUUUUACCGAUGACACCUCGCGCAUGUUCACCUGUGAAUCAGAGCUAGAAGCAGAGGAGUGGUUCAAAACCCUGUCAAUCGAAUGCCUGGGGACCCGCCUCAAUGACAUCAGUCUAGGAGAGCCAGACUUGCUGGCAGCAGGUGUUCAGUGUGAACAUACAGAGCGUUUCAAUGUGUUCCUACUGCCCUGUCCUAACCUGGACAUCUAUGGGGAGUGUAUGAUGCAGAUCACCCAUGAGAAUAUCUACCUGUGGGACAUCCACAACCCUCGCACCAAACUGGUCACCUGGCCKCUCUGCUCCCUGCGCCGCUACGGACGAGAUGCCACGCGCUUCACCUUCGAGGCUGGACGGAUGUGUGACAGUGGAGAAGGCCUGUACACAUUCCAGACGCGGGAGGGAGAACAGAUCUACCAGAGAGUCCACUCCUCCACCCUGGCCAUUGCUGAGCAGCACAAGAGAGUUCUGAUGGAGAUGGAGAAGAACAGCAGAUUGUCUAAAGGUUCUGAGACGGGCUCCUACCCCUGUACCCCCACAGCCAUCCUGCCCCGCAGUGCCUUCUGGCACCAUAUCACUGGCACUCAGGGGGGCAUGGACCCAGCCCAUGGUGACAUGUUUGGUGGUUCUCAGACUGGCGCUGAUGCAGACCUGCUCUCCACCCGGCUGCCCUCAGAGCCACGCCACGCUACCAUGCCCCUGGCACACAGCCAACACUCGCCCGUCCGCUACCCCACCUACCCCAGCCAGUGAUCCCAGGGGUGCAUUGCAGACCCCUAGCCUCCUCCACCAUACCCCUACUCUGUACCCGAACACUCCUCCCAUUCUCCUUUCUCUGCAGUGCUCACCUCGACUCCACGCCCCCUCAUCUACCCUCCAGCCAAUCAGGUUGGGGUGGGGUCAUAGGACCUCCCCUAAAGCUGGUAGCUCUGUGAAGCAGGACAUGACAGCGCCUCUGGUCUUCUCUUCAAAGGCUGGUUACCUGAAGGAACUUCAACCCCCAGAAUCCCUCACUGUGGGGUCAAGUGCAUUGUGUGAGCCGGCAGUGGCAUGUUGCCUCUUAGUGAGCUGACAUUGUGGCAUGGUGCAUCUCUCUCUGCUCUGCUGUGGGCGUGGAGGAGGAACAGGAGGAGGAGGGGUGUGAGCUAUAAGGAUGUGAUUUAGUGGGUGUCCUCUCUUCUAACCCCUGUGAAAUCGUGUUUUUUUUCUGACGGGAUUCACCUCAACCCCCUUCGCGAAAGACCUCUACUUGUACCUCAUGCCAGCUCUUAGCAAAGUUCAAUGUUACGGGCUCAGGACGUCCCCAUAUAGCUCUUAUUGGUGGUCAGAACAGAAGGACCUCUUCCUACCAUCCAGCUCCAGCAUGAUAAUGAUUGUGGCGCUCGCUCCAACCCAUAACCUCAAUCUGACAGACACGUAUGUAAGACAACCGUUUCCUCCCAAGAACUGGCCUUGGCUUCCAACUCUGUGUGUGUGUGGGUGGAAGAGAGACUGUCCCUGGACUAUCAGCCAACCAAACACCUGGUCUAAUUCCACAGAGAAACAAUGGACCACUUGUCUUUCAUCUUUCUUUAAAAAAACUUCUUUUUUUUAAACUUGUAGCAGACAUAACAACCUGACUUUGCCUUGUAUUCUGUUCUGUGUGAUAAAGAAAA